AGGCAGACCGGGAGCGCGCGCAGAUCCGCCCUCCAGACGCCAUUUCUCGAACGGUGUGGGGAGCUGAAGCAGCCUUUACACCAAUCCCGGGAAGGAAGAGAAAACACAAUGAACUGAAACAUUUCUAAAUCUUUUCGAUCUUCUAGUCUCAUGGAAAAGUCGUGCGUCAUAUAGGGGAGCAAGGUGGGAAACUUUCUGUUGCGAGAUUAUUCAGAAUUCGUUGUGUGUGAAGACGUGUUGCGGGCCGCCAUUUUUGUUACAGCCUUCAAAGUCUGUUGGGAGUCUAAAUAAGAGACGCAACUCUUCCGUACUUUGGUGUAAUACACGAAGAAAAACUCGCUGUUGGACGCAACUGAUAUAUGUCGCUCGAAUCGUUAUGCAAGGCGAUUUAUUAACAUAUUAUGCUUCAUCCUGAGCGGACUGUGACGGAAGACGGCUAGCUGGCUAACGCGUUAUAUUGUCUCAUAAGCUACAGCUACUUUCACGGAAGAGAGAGCGGAAAGGGGAACUUUGACUCCAAAUACGCGUUUUUGGGUUCGUUACGAACUUUUGCGGUUGUUUAAACCUGUUCUACGCCCGUCGUGAUUCUUGUGUUGGUGGAAAAUUUAGCAAUGCAUCAAAGUUGGUUGACGCCAGUCGCAGCCUGUCUGGUCAAACGUCAGGUUGCGGUUCAGUAAGGUUUGGACUGUCGGGUCAGAAAGCGUUCGGUCGCUUGUAAGUAUAGGCGUUUGCUGUUUUAAUUUAUUGCUCGUUUCUGUUUUCUUUUCGAGUUCAUCAGUGACAAGUCUAUUUCGAACUAACAUGUCGUCUGCACGGUUCGACUCCUCGGACCGAUCUAGCUGGUAUUUCGGGCCGGUUUCGAGACAGGAGGCGCAGAAUAGGCUUCAGGGACAGAGACAUGGGAUGUUUUUGGUGCGGGAUUCGUCCACCUGUCCUGGUGAUUAUGUACUGUCAGUGUCCGAAAACUCCAAAGUUUCUCACUAUAUCAUCAACUCUUUGCCAAACAAGAGAUUCAAGAUAGGUGACCAAGAGUUUGAUAAUCUACCUGGCCUUUUAGAGUUCUAUAAAAUACAUUAUCUGGAUACGACCACCCUGAUAGAGCCAGCACCAAGGUACCCCAGUACCCCUCUGCCCAGUGGUCCUAUUCAGCCAUCCGGGGGAAUCGGAGAUGAAAACCAGGAGUAUGUGCGAACUCUUUAUGACUUCACUGGUAGUGAUGCUGAAGACCUUCCUUUCAAGAAGGGUGAAGUCCUAAUUAUUCUGGACAAGCCUGAGGAGCAGUGGUGGAGUGCCAAGAAUAAAGAAGGCAGAGUAGGCAUGAUUCCUGUUCCCUAUGUAGAAAAGCUGGUGAGACCUUCGCAUCAUCCCGGUCAGCCUGGCCAUGGCUCACGAAAUUCCAAUAGCUACGGCAUACCUGAGCCAGCGCACGCCUAUGCUCAGCCUCAGACUCCAUCGCCCAUUCCCCCCAUCACACCCGGCGCUGUUAUCAACCCACUGCCGUCCAUGCAGAACGGGCCAGUAAUGGCCAAGGCUAUCCAGAAACGAGUGCCAUGUGCAUAUGACAAGACUGCCUUAGCACUGGAGGUGGGUGACAUUGUGAAAGUGACUAGGAUGAACAUCAGUGGUCAGUGGGAAGGGGAGGUAAAUGGCCGGAGAGGUUUAUUCCCUUUUACCCAUGUGAAAAUAUUGGACCCCCAAAACCCAGAUGAGAGUGAAUGAUCUGGACCAUGCUCUGUCAGCACCCCGUCAGCUCGCCGGACUCCAUCAAGUCACAGCCGGUAUUACGCUUGCCUGCCUUGGGGCUCAGCCGUGGUGCAUUUCUCAAACCAUUUGCGUGGCUUCUGACUGUUUACAGCUCUGAAAUCAAACGGUUGUUAAUCCCCCCCCUCACCUGGUUGCAGGUGGAUCAGUAUUUUUUAUUUUAUUUUUAUUUUUUUGUCUGCCCUUAAUAUCCUGUUAUUUCCACACAUCUGCCAUCUGUUCCUGUGACAAGGUGAAAUGAGGCCUCCAACAUUGACCUAAGCCUUCCUGCCUGCAGUUUUCUGCCUUUAGCUUUGACUUUUGCUAGCUGAAAUAUAUUAAGAAAGGGAUUAUGAUAAUUAUACCCUCUGGUUUGAUUGCCAAUUGUUUACAUGUUUGGUCCAAAAAGUUGUCUUUUAUUUUGUCUUGUUCAUUUUCAACAAAAUCCUAAUGAUACUGAAAUGACCCUUGGUAAUAGCCAUGACUUGAAGAUGAGGGUAUGACUUUGCAGGAUCUUAGAAUAGCGACAACUGCACCACUCCUGAUUGACCUUAGAAACGGACUCAACUAGUAUGUGGGACUAGUCUACUGUAACCUUUUUAUUUGUGCCAUAAUAACUUAUCUGUAAAUUGCAGUAGUAGUGUAGCUAGAUGGUUGUGUCUCGACUCGGGGGAUCUUUUGAAUGGUGAAGGGUUUGCCUGUGGAGCUUUUCGCAUCCAGUUGUGACUGGGGAGUAAAAACGCACCUCAUCUAUUCCAUUGGACAAGCUGGAAAUGUUCACCUGUGCAAUCGUGAGCUCAUCUCGACUUCCCCUCAUCCUCUUCUACUCUGGUUACAGUAAAGUCUGGAUCUUGCUCUUUUACAUGACUGUUACAUCACAAGGUCUCUGCUACAACUUUGACAUUUUCUGCCCAAUUUUGAUUCAGCAAUCUGACACGCACACAACGUUUUGGUUUUGUCCAUCUGUAAUCUGUUUCAAAUUUAGCCAGAUGUUGAAUCAAGCAUUUACUGUGUGUUGAAAUAAACUGGCAAUUUCUUAAAAGGGAUUUAAAAAGCCUGCUGGUGGCCUCUGUGCAUAACCUUCUGGCCAAGAGGUUAAAUGCUGCUUCAUGUUACGUUUUAUUUGUCUUGUCGAUUUUUCUUUUUCUCUCCUUUUUGAAAUGAUCUCCUAUUUUUGUCUGGUUUACAUCCGUAGCAUCAAGUUAAAGUUAAAACAUUCAUAUUAAGCAAUAGACCAGCCCGUAUCUUAAGUGCUCAAAUAAUUUAAGUUUCAAAUGCAUACUUUUUCCUUUUUUGUCUUGGCUAAGGCUUUAACAGUAUUACUGUUUAUUGUUUUACAUUACAAAAUAUCCAUGUGGUCUCGUUUGUUUAAAAUGAAAAUUUGUGCCUUUUAUUUUCUUACACCAUUUACAUGUUAAUAAUAUUUCCCAUGGUUAACACCUGUGCUGGUGUAUUACCCAUUAUGUACAGAACGAGUAAAUAAAAUUUAUGUCUACAUCUCUG